GUCUCAUCCAAGCAUGAUAACCCAGAUUGAGAUAUACCCACUGUAGUACAUUCAUAUACUUACAACUCCACAAAAUCAAUAGUCAAAUUCUCUCGAACGAGCGCCAUGGCCCUCGCCAACAGACUAGCAAUCCUCCCCGGAGGUCUAGGCGGCCUCGGCACCAGCAUCGGCCAGAAACUCCGCCGACAAGGCGCGCAGCUAGCCAUCCUCUACGCGCCCUUCGAAGCCGCCCGGCGCGAUCAGCUCCUCGAAGCCGGGUACGGAGCAGCUGCUUCCCACCACCAUAGAAACAUCCACACCUACGAAUGCGACAUCACGUCGCCCGAGUCCGUGGAGUCGGCGUUCGCCAGUUUAGCGGAAGAGUUGGUGACCCCAUUGUCUACACGGUCACCGUUGUCCUCAUCGAAUCCAAGACCCUUUCCGAGUAUCCUGAUCAAUACGGCCGGGUAUGUCUCGUUGAGCGACAUGGAGGCGACGCCGCCCGAGGAGACGCUGAAGCAUCUGACGACCAAUGUGUUGGGACCGAUGUUGUGCGCGCAGGCGUUCGCGCGGCUCUACUUUGCAUCUGCAAGAACGGCGGGGGCCGCUGCUGAAGGGCAAGAUGCUUCGCGAUUGACACCGCCACCGGGAAGGAUCGUGAAUAUCGCUUCGCAGGCGGCUCAUGUGGCGUUGCCGCGCCACGGGGCUUAUUGUGCCUCCAAAGCGGCGCUACUGGGCUUGACGCGGAGUAUGGCGUCCGAGUGGGCGGGGCGGGGCAUCACGGCCAAUUCGGUAUCGCCCACCGUGGCGUGGACGGAGCUGGGCAAGAAAGCUUGGGGGGAGGCUUCGGUUAAGAAUGCCUUCUUGAAAUCUAUCCCAACGGGAAAGUUUGCUCUGCCGGAGGAGGUGGCGGAUGCGGUGCUGUUUCUCUGUCAGGACUCGAGCGGGAUGAUCAAUGGCGCGGACAUCAGGGUCGAUGGGGGCUUCACUAUCCGGUAGUUACCUGAGAUCGAAUGGGGAAGUCGAGCGGGGGAUCUACAGGUGCUGAUGUGGUCGCAAAAGGGCAGGGUC